AUGCCUUCGUUUAAGUUACUUGGAGCUACAAGCAAUGAGCUUGACACCUUUCAGUCGGUGUUGAUCAUUGGAGCAGGGUUGACCGGACUGACUGCAGCCAUCCGGCUACGACAGGCCAAUUUCAAGGUCACAAUAUUGGAGAGGUCCCCUGUUAUGCAAGAUAUUGGUGCUGGUAUUCAGAUUCCUCCCAACUGUUCCCGAGUACUUGAGGGAUUGGGCGUGUUGCAGAAGAUCGAGAAUGAGGCCAUAGCACCACGAAACCUGAUUAUUCGGUCUCAUAAGGGAAACCAGCUCCAUAAUCAAAUAAUCAACUCGGAUGAAAAUCACGGAUCGGCCUAUCCUCAUCUCGUUAUCCAUCGAGCAGAUUUUAUCCGCGUCUUAUAUGAAGAAGCACUGGACUUGGGCGUGCAUAUCCAGUUAGAUGCUCGCGUGGACUAUGUCGACUUCGAGGCAGGAUCCGUAAAUUUGUCCACAGGAACAACCUUUACGGCUGAUAUCAUUCUUGGUGCCGACGGCGAACAUUCAGUGUGCCGAAAAUUGCUCCAGGGCCCAAAGAAUCCCUCCCAGUCCAGCGGGAAUUUGGUUUAUCGAGUGAUGGUGCCUGCUUCCGUUGUUGCUAUGGAUCCUGACCUCAGCUGUCUCAUCAAUUCAGGUGGCAUCCAGGCCUGGUAUGGACCAGGAUCUCACUUGAUCUGCUAUCAGUUGGAUCGAGACGACAGCUUCAAUGUCGUUCUCACCCUGCCUGCUCCCGCUGGAGCCCCUACGAUUGGCCCACAACCAGCAGACAUAAACGUCUUGCGGGAAUAUUUUCAAGAUUGGGAUCCCAAGCUACAAAAACUGCUUGAACUCACUGACCAGACUCAGUGUUGGACCUUGCAUGAGCAUAAGCUGAAUGAAAAAUGGGUACAUCCAAGUGGCAGGUUUAUCCUCUUGGGUGAUGCGGCGCAUCCCAUCCUCCCAUACAUGUGA